AUGGGAAAGGCCGCGCACGCGAAGGGGAAGGCGAAGCUCGAGGCGUUCAAGCGCGCGAAGGAGGACAAGGCGAGAAGGGCGGUCGAAUCGUCGCCGUCGGCACCCGACGACGAGUGCGCGAAGGAGGAGGAGACGGCGCCGCCUCUUCCUCCUCCUCCGCCGCCGCCGCCGCCGCGCGCGCGCGCGCCGACGCUUCCGGACCCGCCGGCGGCACCGCCUCCACCAUCGACGGAGCCGCCGUGGCCGCCGCCUCCCGCGCCCCUCGCCCCGCGCGCCCCUCCGAUUCCCGAGCCCGCAUCGUUCGACGUCUCCGCCUUCGCGACGACGGCGUCGACGUCGAGGUUCGAUCGAGCCGCCGCGCUCGACGCGGAGGCGCCGCCGUUCAGGGCCGCGGAUCGAUUCUCCGCGACGCUCGCGGACGCGACGCGUCGACCGAGCGGGAGCGGGACGGCGAGCGGGACGGGAAUCGGAAUGGGAAUGGGAAUGGGAAUGGAAAUGGGAACGACGAGCGACGCGCCCGCCGUCCCGCCGCCGCCGCGCGUCGUGGACGAGCUCCCGACGUUUCGAUCGCCGUUCGAGCGCCCCUCCGCGCCGCCGAGCUUCGCGUCGAGGCCGCCGCCGCAGCCGCCGGCGACGUCGGCGGCGCACCCGGCGGAGAAGUGGCUCGCGCGGCCGCGGCGCGUCUCGGACGCCGACGGAGGGGAGACCUCGACCUCGGCCUCGGCCUCGGCCUCGGCGUCGGCGUCGACGCGGCGGCGACCGUCCGCGACGCGCGACGCCGUCGACGACUUGGACGACGACGCGCGGAUGGAGCUCGUCGCGGCUCGGCUCGCGCUGAAGGACGCGGCGCGCGAGAGAGACGCGUACGAGAGGGCGCUGAGCCGCGCGCAAGACAACGUGGAGACGCUCGCGCGAGAGAACGACGCGCUGUCUCGGCGGGUCAACGAACAGACCGACCGAGCCGCGGAGGAGAAGGAGGAGCUGGAGCGGCUGCGGCGCGAUCGCGCGGUGUACCGGUCGAAGAACGCGACGCUCACGGAGGAGAGAGACGCCGCGCGCCAGGCGGCGACGGACGCGACGGAGCGGACGCGGCGUCUGUCGAUCGAGGUGUUUCAGCUCGAGGAGAGAUGCCGGGAGUUGAGAAGCGAGUGCUUGCGGUUAGAACGGCCCUUAGAGCGCGAGCUGGACGAGCGCGGGGGGUCGACGACGACGAGGCGUCGGAACGGGAACGGGAACGUGGACGCGAGCGCGAACGUCGUCGGUGAGAGCGAGAGCGAGAGCGCGAGCGCGCGCGACGACGACGCGGUGAGGUCGACGAACGGCGCGCCCGGCGUCUCCGUCGUCGGCGCGUCGACGUGGAAGUCCGCCUCCGCCUCCGCCUCCGCGGUGGGCGAGGACCAGCUCCGGCUGAUCGACAGCAUCCACGAUCUGUUGUCCGAGGUGGAGACCGAGCGCGCGCGCGCGAGGGAUGUGCUGAGCGACGCGAAACGGCGCGUGAAGGACGCCCUCGACGCGAAAGCGGAGACGGAUCGGCGGCUCGAGGCGACGACGCGGCGGCUGGAGCUCGCGACGACGCGGGCGGAGAGCGAGGCGUUCCGCGCGUCGAUGGACGCCGCGGAGGCGGCGCGCGCGGCCGCGGCGAGGGCGUCGGACGACGAGGGGGAGGAGGAGGAGGACGAUCGCGGGGUUGUCGACGAGAGGAGGCGCGGGCUGUUGUCGUACGUCAAUCCGUUCGGUCGGCGACGCGCGAAGAGGUAG